UCGCACAUUGGUUUGGCGUGCAUUACUGAUUUUUUACUUGUCAGUUGGUUUCUGCUCAUUCCGGAACCACACUCGACUAUUUUUAAGUUUUCAAAAAGUUUUCUCUGGUAUAAGUAGUACUAUUUUAUUACAGCAUAACAUACAAUAUAAUAUAAUAUUUUUUUAACUACUAUCUCCUGCCUACAUUAUUUUUAUACUAUCCAACAAUGUGUUAAAAUUAAACAUAUUAUAUUCAGUCAUUUUUACAUUUAAGUUGAUUUUCCUUUAAACUUUUGAUAAAUUUUAAAAUUGUGUUUUUUUUUUUAAAUUUCCAUUGUAAAAUGUCUAUAAAUAUUAGCACUACACUUAUGUUAAACCAAAUAAUGGCCACUAACCUGGAAUUGGAAGAAUUAAAAUACAACAUCGACAAUAUGUUUUUAGUUAUGAAUGGAAUAAUUGUAUCCUUUAUGCAAGUCGGAUUUGCAUGUUUAGAAGCUGGAUGUGUGCAGCCCAAAAACGUGACUAACAUUUUGAUGAAAAAUGUAUUGGAUUUAUUCAUCUGUGCCAUAUCGUACUGGCUGGUCGGAUAUGGGUUGGCGUAUGGUGGCGGUGGUUGUGGAUAUUACGGCAAGGAAUACUUUGCGGGUGUCGGCAUGCAGUCGGAACAUAACGCCGUGUGGUUCUUCCAAUACGUGUUCGCUGCGACAGCAGCAACCAUCAUAUCGGGAGCUGUGGCCGAGAGGUGCAAUUUCAUCGCCUACAUAUUCUACAGCGUUGUCAUAUCGGGUGUGACGUAUCCAAUUGCCUCGCACUGGACUUGGUCACCCGACGGUUGGUUACUGAAAUUGGGGUAUUCCGAUUUUUCCGGGGCAGGGACUGUGCACUUGCUAGCGGGCACCUGUUCGUUCAUCGCAGCCUUGUUCAUCGGCCCCCGGAACGGACGUUUUAGUACCAUCGCUCCGAACGAAUACAACGGACACUCGAUGCCGCUAGUGGCCACCGGGACUUUAUUGCUCAUAUCAGGAUUCCUGUCGUUCAACGGUGCGUCCCUGGGCCAUAUUACCCGACCUGGUGAUGGAAUCAUAGUGGCAAAUAGCGUAGCCAACACCAUUUUUGGUGGCAGUGGUGCGGCAAUAGUGAUACUGAUUUUGGCCAAAGCUGGUCUGGUUGGCGAGUCUAGGUGGCCGUUUGCGAUGACCAUCAAUGCCGUUUUGAACGGAAUGGUCUCGGUGUGCGGAGGUGUCAACGAAUACACACAUUUAUCUGCAAUGAUGGUUGGCAUGAUUGGUUGUAUUAUUUAUUUAGUGUUGCAAUGGGUUGUUCCCCGUUUAAAAGUGGAUGAUCCGCUAGAAACAACUGCCGUCCAUUUUGGAGGUGGAUUAUGGGGAGUAAUAGCUACACCGCUUUUUGUGAAAGGAGGAUUUUGGAACAACCCAAAUUCUAUGCCAUUAUUGAAAUCGAAUCUAAUCGGCGCCGUAUCAAUUAUUUUAUGGUCAGUAGUAAACAGUGCAAUAUUAUUCGGAUUCCUUAAAGUGUUUGACCUACUCCGAGUGUCUGCAGACAAAGAGAUUAUAGGUUUGGACAUGAGUCUUCAUAAGGAACAAGCAUACCCAGUGACUAACAUUUCUAUUGAAAAUGGACAUAAAAUGAACAACAACAAAACCACAGUCAUCAGACACGCCUACGAUAAUGUGGCAAUGCAACACACCCUCCAACAGUGAGAAGAUAUUUUACCAUUUGUAUCACAACAAUACCGUGAAUACCUAUAUAAGAUCUCAUAGAGUCGUAGAAAAUUAAUACGUAUAAUAUAAUAAUAUGAUUGAUGUAUAAUUAUAAUGAUUAUGUACAUA